CCAUCCGACCAAAAAUGACAGUUCCGUGCGUGUCGUUGUAGUGAGAGGUGGUUCAUUUCGGUAUUCUCUCGUUUCGCUUCAAUAACAAUGGCGUUUAACGGAGAUGGGCCUCACAUAAAAAGACAGCGUACGGAGACUGACACCGCCAAUAACAGGCCCACGCAGGGCUUCAACGCGACAAUAGAAGAGCCCCGAAGAAAACGGCCUGAUGACGCGGAGCCUAAUCACAUUUUAUUAUUCACCAUCAUAAACCCCAUGUACCCCAUCACAGUGGAUGUGUUACAUACAAUAUGCCAAUCUAGUGGACAAGUGUUACGAAUAGUGAUCUUCAAGAAAAACGGGGUGCAAGCAAUGGUGGAAUAUCCUUUUAAUGCAAUAUUCUUAGAUUUAAGCAUUAUUCAGUUUGUCGCUCUAGUAUUUGAUUAAAUUAUAGGCACUGCUUUGGAAACAUAACCAGACCGACAAGAAUUUUACCCAGACACCAGAAUAUACUUUCCUGAAGGUUUUUGAUGCAUUGAAUUCAAAUCCGUGGUAUCUCCCAUUUGGCUCUAGUUUUAGAGAUAUCCUAACUUAAAAGUACGUACAUAUCGAUUUUUGCC